UGUGUACCUAUAUAUCUAUGUAUAUCUAUCUUUUGGUGUCACGCUAGUCCUAUAUCUCGCAGCCCGGUCCUAGUCAACUGUUAUUACCUCAGUUAGGUGUCGUUUCGUACGGAUGGUAAAGUGAAUUUGGGGCGAAGUUACGUAAAAGCCUGCGGCAUACGUUCGCAGGUAGUCAUUGUUUUCUAACGGAUACUAGUGUGAGCAGUUCACUGACGCAACAGAAACAUGACCUUAACCUUAAACAACGGACACAUCAAAGAAGAACCCAUUUCGCCCCCACCUUCGUCCACCAUAGCUCCAAGGCACAUGUCAGGGGCGUCCUUCUUUGACAGGGGUAGCAGAGAAUCAAUAAUCACACCCAGCCCGCCGGCGGGCACCUACAACUAUUACCCGUUUCCGGUUCGAGCAAGCUCCUACAACAGCGGGUCCGAAAGUCAAGGGUCGCCAUCAAUCAACAAGUCAAAACUAAAGAACAAGAUCCUGGAUCGAAGGCGGGCCAACGGACAGGAAGAAUUUGGGCCGCUUUUUGAGGAAGAGAAACACCACGAGCUGACUCAAGCAGACUUGGAAAGACGAGAACGUCGCCGCGAACAGAACAGGCGAGCGGCAAAGAGGUGUCGGAAUAAGAAGAAAAGCAUGCAGACAGAAAUAAGCAAGGGGACACAGGAGCUUGUCCGGGCUAAUAAUGAUUUACGUAAAGAGAACGAAAUGCUCAGGCGACAAAUUGAACAGCUCAGAAACAUUAUAGACGAUCACUGUAGAUCGGGAUGCUGUUUCCUUAUUGGGGCAUCCACGCCUUACGAGCACACUCAUUACACUGGCUCCCCCUUCGACACUCAGAUCUCCAGCGCCAUCACUGGUGCACAUUUAGCCUUGAAUAACGACCUACCUCCCCAGGCUUCAGCGGCGACCGAGUUACCCAGCGAGAAGACUGUCAAUUCGCUGCCGAGCUUGGAUUUCUUCAAAACGACGAUACCCCUCAGUGAUAUAGGAAAGAAUUUAGAUAGUCAUAAUCAAGGUAAUUUGCCGAGUUGGGAUUUGAACAAUAUCACAUCGGAUUUACCUGCACUUGCCGCCGAGUUCAGUGGCUUCCCCCUGGAAAACAACGCCGUGAAACUAGAGCAGCAUCAGCCUCACAUCUUCCCAGCAGUGCAGCAAGGCAUCAACGAUCAGCGCAGAAUGCCGUGCAUAGACCCCAACCUAGUUCAGAACGUCGCCAAGCUCCCUCAAGUUAUCACCCUUGUCAGCGACGACAUCUCCACCCGUCCUCCCCUUUCCAGCGCCACUACCUCCUAUGACGCCAGUCAAUACGGGCUAAGCUCCUCCCCUUUCAGCCACCAACACAGUGACCCCCACGCGCAGUUCUAUUACGACACGAAGUCGUUCACGUGCGCCCAGGCGCAGCUCUGGCAGAACGGAGAAGAUCUUCCGUUUUACCAAUCAUCGGAACACAAUUAAACUAUGUAGAUGGAUGAUGUACAUCUAGGUCACACAGGGUCUAGAUUUAUAUAUUUCUUAGGUUCGGAAUUUCAUUAGGCUUCAACCUGGCAACAUUCAAACAUUUUGAAUUCAAUCGAUCCGGUUUCUUCUUCAACUUUUAUAUUAUUGUAUAGUUAAGCUAUGAUUGGAAUCGAAUUCUAAUGAUUUUUAUACCCAUAUAUCUAGUAUAGGCUACUUUUAGUGUAUAAGUGUGUGUGUGUUUUUUUUAAACCAUUCAUUUUGAUUACUAGUAUUAUUAAUAUUAUACUACAUUAUUCUUAUUUCGAAAACAAACAUCAUGAAGGUUCCACGAUUUGAAUAUCGUUUUGUCAGGUCUUUAAGGGUGUGUCAGCUUAAAUUCAUUAUUUCUGUGUUCUGUAUUCCUAGUGCAGCCACACCCGUCCCUUCCCCCCGACUAUAAGAUAAACACAACUGAUAUUUGGACAACUUUGCUGUGUACAUACUAGAUCUCUACUGACUCUUACACGUGCGUCAGUGUGCUAGGGUGUGAGUAUGUGUGUGUGUGUGUCAGAGCGAAUGGUGUGUGCUCUUGCAUGAUGUGUUCCGGGAGUACGCGGGGGCGUGAUACGUGUGCUAGACUGUUUGCCAGCAUGUCCGUGUGUGUGUGUGUGUAACUACACAUGUGUAUCUCAGUGUGUGCGUGAUAGCCACUUCACUGAUAUUUCAACGUUUAUCUGACUUGUACAUACUUGGCACUUUAUAGUUGAUACGUGUCAUUGCAAUCACCACUAUUACUGUAUUGUCUUCCGUUCUAGAUCAUAUGCAUAGACCAUAUACAUCGUACAUAUACAUAGACCAUGUACAUAUGACAUUAAAUACACAUAUACCAUAUAUAUAUAUAUUUAGACCAUAUACAUACGACAUUUUAAUUUUAAUCAUUUUGUUGGUCAUAAAAACACACCUGGUCGCGCGGUUUGUGCGCUGGACUGCCGUUCGAAUUUAUCGAUGGUCCCGGGUUCAAACCCUGCCCGCUCCCAUCCCCCGUCGUCCUGCUGGAGGUUUCGACUAUGGAAGUAAACUAUCUUCAACUCUGAAGGAACAUCCGAAACAUUUAAAACAUUUUACCAAACCUUUUACCCAUUUAGGCCGCCCACCAUCCCUAUCAUUCAUAGGGAGAGAGAAAAAAAAAGUCACGGCUUCCUGGUUGUAUUGUAUACACUCUGUAUGGUAGAUCUGUAUGUGUACGAUAUACUUCUGUAUGUGUAUAAUGUACGUCUAUGCGUGUACGCUACACAUCUCAUGACAAAGCCUACUUCACUGGUGUAUAUACUUUCAGAGAGUGGUGGUCUCCUUGUAUGUUUAAGACUAGCUCUAUAAGUCAACACUUAUAGAGCUACCCUGCCAGGACAAUCUAUCUUUUAAAAAAAAAAACAAGUUAUGCUGACUCGUUUGUUUCACCCUAUCUCAACCCUUCUAGACCAAUCUGUAACCCUCCCCACCCCCCAUCCCCCAUCUCACAUAUGUACUUGGUAAGUAAUUCCAAGAUCUCGCCUGGUCUAGAUCCAGAUAUAGUAACCAAAUCGACCUGGGCUCUAAACGGAUAUUCCCCAAAAACAUUCCUUUUUAAAACGAGUUUUUUUAACUUACAUAUUCUUUCCCCUCAAGUGUUUCAAUGUUGAUAUAGGUCUACGUCUAAGUAAACCUUGGGAAAGAAACCCAGAUUUACUUUUUCCUGCUUGAGGCGUUCCAGUUAUUUCUUUCUUGCAACAAUAGCCGUAGGUGCCUUAAACCGACUGUUCUUUACACUCGUCCAUUAAGUAUUAAAAUGUAUAAGCAUUCAGCUGGCUGUGUGUGUUUGUGUCGAGAGGGAGGGGGUUUGAACCUGAUGGCUAGGCGUGUCCUGGGGAGGGUGAGGGGAGUAGACAAGAGUCAUUAUUUUUAAAAAGUGUUUUUUAAAAAAUGUAGCUUUUGUAAGAUUGUAUUCCCUAGGCUAACGAAACAAAUUUGUUUGUUUGUAACAGAAUAGGUUGGUUUGUGACAAAUUAGUAGGAAUGUCUGUGACAAACAGAAUAGGUUGCUAAGUGACAAACAGAAUAGGAAUAGAUUGCUUUGUGACAAAUAAAUAGGUCUGUCCGUGACAAACAAACCGGAUUUGUCACAAAAUGGAAAUAUUUUUCCAGAAAAAAAAAAUGGCAUGACUUUCUGGUAUCAAUAGUCUUGCAUUGACUUAAUCAAACUUGACUUUGUUCCGUGGGGUGUCUUAGGAAAGUGACAAGACUUAGCAUGUAGAUCUAUUGAGUUGACCUAUAUAUUGCUUGACAAGCUUGAAGGAUAGGGGGGGGGGGGCGGCAGCUUUGUCGACUAGAGAAUUCGAUAAAGUGGACGGCUGUUUAAUUGAUCGGGCUGUCCUGUUAGAUGCUGUUGAAGCUUGCAGCUAGUUGUUUGAUCUUGUAACAUGAAACAUAUGUAGGUAGAGGACCAAUGAACAGCUUGGUUUUAAAACCCUAGAUCUAGAUCUUUAACAUUGGAAUACAUUUUGGGCAACUCUUAAACGCUGAAGACGUUGUGUCAAGCCUUGGGCGAGUGAACAGUUUCGUGCCCCACUUUCAGAUUCACAGAAAUCUUAGCAACAAUAACUCACCAGAAAUACAAUAUUGUAACUCGCUUUUUAAAGCAAGUCUAUUGUGACUCGGUUUUUUUUUUUUUCUAAUUUAUCUGUUUUACAAAAAAAGUCUAUUCUGACUCGGUUAUUUUUUCUUAUCUAUAUGUUUUACAAAAAAGUCUAUUAUAACUCGGUUAAAUAACUCUAUUGUAACUCAUUUUUCAUUUGAAGUCUUAUGUAACUCGAUUUUUAAAAAAAGUCUAUUAUAACUCGGCAUACAAAAAUUUCUAUUGUAGCUCGGUUUAAAUAAAAAGAAUUGUCGAUUGGUUAAAAAUAGCCUUCAUAAAUAAAAGUCGUAACUGUAUAAUUAUUUUUUUUUUCCCAAAGCUUGACCUUUGACAUCUGUCCCACCCCAACAAUUUCUCGAAAACAUUUUCCAGAUCUUACAUUUAAAAAUCAUUGAGUUUUUGUACUUUGAAUAUUCUCGACCAUAUGUAAAAAAUGUUUCUUUGCUAUUAAUCAUGUAUAUGUAUUAUUAUAUGACGAGCACACAUAUGAAAGGAUAUGGUCGACGUAGACUAGUUGACCUUAACUCUGUAGCGUGUGGACAUCUCAUUCACAUUAUAGGAAUUUUGUUGUCAUGUAUAGUAAUUGUAUUAUAUGACCAUGUUAUUCAUUGUAUAUAAAUUUGGGUCUUUUUUUUUUUUUUCUCUUAAAACUUGUUGUUAUAUUGCUGGGUCUGAGGUAACAAUCUGUUUGUGAAUUGUGGCUUCUGUAUGGGCUGUGAAUGGGUGAACAUGGCUUUAGUACAUUCCUUUUAUGUGUAUUUAUUAUAAUUUAUGCCUCUAUAAAUGUUAUUUAUACAUUUCGUUUUGUUGUUCAUAUUGACUGGUAUACUAAUUAACUUUCUGUGUAAAUAAUUUAACUUAGGAAAAAAAUAUAAUAAUAAAAUAACUAAAUAAAAAAGUAAAUUAAAUAAAUAAAACUAGAGCCAAAAAAAAAAAACAACUGACUAACUACUGACUGACUGACUGAUGCUUCUAUCUCGAGAUUGGAGAUAUCAAACUCUUGUAUUCUAUCUAUUGUAAGGUGACUGAAUUGAAUACAUAAACCUAGACAAUUCCAAUCAUUGUGCACGACAGACGUCCCGACAUCUGAGGACAUUCCAAUUUGUUCCGUCAUUUUUUUUUUUGGUCUCAUGUCUUGUUAAUAAUGUAUAUCUCACGCAACCCAACAGCCUUUCAAAAAAUAUGCAAGGGUCAGUUUUUUUUUUGUUUCUUUUCUAGCUAGCGGCCAAAGUGGUCAGGUAGUUAGUCAUUAUAAUAAAUAAUGAAUGUUUCUCUUGUUCUGAGUCUUUUACGACUCGCCAUUCAUAUACAUGUAUACCAAUUUUAAAACAUUAAAAAUAUUGAAUGUUAAAAACUUGAUGAACAUGAAAACGUUCCAGGUCCGGUAAUUUCUCCGUUUGAGUCAUGAUCAAAACAACUUUCUCAUUUCUACGGGUCUCUCUUUGAUUUGCUAGUAUUCUCAUUGUUCUAUUCCAGUGGUUCUCAAUCCUAGUCGGCCUGUGGGACAUCGACAUGUCAGGCCCGUGGGCUUCAGAUCGCGGGGACCGAAAGAACUCUGGUUUAAUAAUGUAUUGAGGGCGGGAGUUUCGAGGUGCAGGAUAAGUGUAGAGUCACGGGCUGGGGAGGUCCCGCGGGUCGUACUUUGAACAUCAUUUUUUUUGUUAUCCACUAAAUUAUAUUUUAAUUCUUAAGUAUCAUUAUUUAGAUAACUUUUCUAUUAUGUACUGUUGGUAAAUCUUAUAUUUCAUCAGAUAAACCUUUUUUUUUUUACUUUGUCACAUGCCAUUGUACAAUUUUAUAACUCUUUGAACUUUUCCUCAAAAACAUUGUGAAAAAAAAAAACAAACAAACCCAAGAACCCAGCCAUAUUGAUAUUAUUUUGAUCUUCCGUGAACACACUUAUUUGUUUCCUCACUCUUCUGAGUUCAACUUUUUUUUUAUUUGACGUGGAUUCAUACAAAUCCACAACAGAAACAAGCAAAUCAAAAAAACAAACUAUUUUUUUUUGAAAUUUAUGUUAAGAUCUUAACGAAACAAAAGAUCAAUUAACACACAACUUCCUUUUUGGGUGUGAAAAAGUCAUGUGCUAAUUAAUAAACACGCUAUCACCCCCUAGUCAUAUUUUGAAAAAUGAUAUUGUGUAUUCUUUUUUUGUCUUAAUCUCACCUGUAAUGACCUACAUUCAAAUCUCACCUGUAUUGACCUAGUUUCUGCUGAGAAACAAAGCCGUUGUUAAACUUUGAUUUUUUUUUAAAUUAUUUCUUUUCUUUUUUUUUUGUUUUGUUUUUAAUCUCAUUUGAAUGUAUUCUCAUCUACACUAGUCAUAGAUUGUUGAUGUCAUGCCUUACCAUGGAUAAUGGUUAUCAGUUGAAACAUGCAAUACCCGCAAUAAAUCAUUUUUUUUCUUGUACAAAAUU